UCUCCUGCCUCGUUCUCGUUCCAGUUCACUCUGUCUCUCGCUGUUCUUUUUUUUUCGCCUUUGCACUACUAAUCCGCCGCCGUCGUACCGGUCUAAUAUUGUUGUAUUGCAUUCGCCGCUCUACGCCUUCUACGCCUCUGCUGAGGAGAGCCUUCCUUAUUCGAACCAUCGCAGGUCGAUCGACACGUCUUAUCCCCUUUGCUGUUUGCAUCCGCACUUCUCCAUCCUCUCUCACUUCCUCCUCCUCUUAAACGCCCCUCACAUCGCUAUCCUCUUUACUCCUACCUCUACUCCGCACACACACAAACAUCCACAUUCGACCUUCGCUUUCAUCUUCCACCACAUCCACCAUGGCCGCACUCUCCGCCUCCGCCACCAGCCUCGCAGUUGCUGUUGCACACGCCGUCACAUUCCUCACCCGCCCGCUCGCCACUCGCCUCGCCGCCAGCACGUUCAACGCACUUCAGACCGCACUCGAGGCGAACCUCGCUGCUGCUUUCGCUGCCACUUGGGCACCUCACGAUCCCACACGUGGAUCUGGUCGCCGCGUCCUCAGCUUUGCGCCUGGCGCUCUCCCGCCUCGCCCAGUCUACAAGGCCUGUGUUGCUGCAGGCGUCGACUGGUCAAUGUGGGGCCCGCUUCUCGGCGAUAAGGAGUUCGAUCUCGCUGUGGACCCGGGCUGUGUGUCCGUCAGGAUCUCCAACAUGUGGGCGCCGCCGACUUGCUGCACCAUCUGGCCUGAGGAGCAACAACAGCAAAGCGACUUCGUGCAGACUCAGCGCAGUCGCGGUGUCCUUACGCCGCAGCCUCAGAAGACGCUUGCGCAGCGCCUGAUCGAAGACGACGCCGCAGAUGAAGAAGUCCUCUUUUCACUGCUUGCUGCCGAGAUGCGUGAGCCUGCAUGGAAGUCGCCUGUCACUGACGCUUUCCCUGCGCCUUCGUUCGGUGCAAUCGGUGCUGCUUCUGCUCUUGCCAAUCCCGCCGCGUCUUUCUUGGGCCACUCGCGCUCUUCGUCGCGUUCCUCUGUGAAUUCCGCCAGCACCUCGAGCUCCUUUGUUUCUGAUGACGCGCUGUCCUCCUGCGGCUCACUCUCAUCCGUCUCCACGGGCGCAUCCUCUUCUGCAUAUUCGGAUGCAGGCUCGAUCGGCAAGAAGUCCGGACAUGGUCGCAGCCGUUCCACGCGUGUCUUCAUUGACAUGAGCCGCAAUGAGGUGACGCCGUACGACGGCGGGAAGACAACCGUCCUCACAGGUGGCGUUAUGCUCGGUGCUCCGCCCGCGCGCAACACUUUCGCUGGUUCUCGCAACAAGCUUCCGCGUUUCUGAGUCCUGUCAUGAACCAUGUGGUUGACACACUUUGCAACUUGCAUUCGGUUUCUAUUCUUCAUUCAGUCACUUUUACACAUCUUUUUCAUCAUUUCAUGAAAAGCAUUGGCAUUCAGUUAGAACCCCCUACGACGGCUCUCUUUCACUAUUUUAAUUGUUCUUUCACGACAGGUUUGACACUCGACGACGUGCAACGACGUACACCAUUUUUUUGCAUCACUGGCAUUUCUACCUACUAGCAUUUGCGCUCGAAUUCUGCAUCCCCCACAUAUACUUAAUUGCUUGACCAUUUCUUUAUUUUUCUUCGAGUACAACGAGACGCUGUUGCGUCUCCUUUCUUGCUUGGUCUCUCAAUCUCAAAUUUUCUUUCCGAAUCCAACGUCCUACGAACUCCCCAAUGACACACACCGAUUGUGUAUUAUCGCUUGCUUGCUUGCAUUUUUUCCUUUUUCUUUCAACAAGUUUGAACGCCCGACCCAAUUUUCAAUCUUCAUUCCAACUACCUCUAGCAAUCAUUUAUCGUCAUUUUAUGUGUUUAAAGACCCA